AUGAUGCCUACUGUUACCAUCUCCACUCACACCACCGCUUCUAAGCCUCGCCCUCAUAUUAUCUACACUAUCAACGCCAAAGUUGAUGGUAAAGAAUUGAUUGCGCAUAGACGCUAUUCUGAGGUCGAGGCCCUAAAGGACCCCUAUACCCUUCCUCCUAAGCGCCUUUUGGCAACCACUUUCAUCCCCUCUGCAUGGGUUGAUGAUGAGCUCAUCGCGGAACGCAAAGUCGGGCUCGCCGAGUACUUAGUCGACUUGCUCUCUACCCCUAGAUUCAAGGACAAGUCCCUUCUGUACGAGUUCCUCUCUGCUCAAACUAUCGAGCGCGAUAUGAAGUUCGACCCCGAGGACGCUUUGCCAUCCACUCUCACCAGGAAAGAGGCAAUGCAAAUUGCAGCUGGAGAGCCUAGCGAGGCAACACUCUCGACCGCAAAUGCGAACGCAAGCAAGAUUGCUGGUGCCUAUUAUACUUAUUGGGGCGGUAGCGCUCGCCCUCCUGAGAGUAUCGACUACUCCAAGUUCGAUCUACUCUUCUACGCGUUUGGUGUCCCGACCUCGUCUAAUACUCUUGAUAUCAGCAACACUGCACUAUUGAAGCGCCUGGUUACUGGAGCUCGUACCAGUGGACAUGGCACCCGCGUCCUCAUCUCUAUCGGUGGGUGGGGUGGUUGCCAAUACUUCAGCCAGGCCUGCUCGACCUCUGCAAACCGAACCAAGUUUGCAAAUUCGAUUGCUGCUGCCAUCAACACUUAUAACCUCGAUGGUGUUGAUCUUGACUGGGAAUUCCCGAAUUCUCCAGGAGCUGGCCAACCCUACUCUGCCGCUGACACAGCCAACCUCCUCAGUCUAAUCAAGCUGUUGAGGAUCUCUCUUGGUCCAUGCAAGAUCAUCUCUGCUGCUGUAUCCCACAUGCCCUGGUUGGGAUCCAACGGUAAACCGCUCACCGAUGUCUCCGCAUUUGCGGCCGAGAUGGAUUACGUCAUAAUCAUGAACUACGAUGUUUGGGGGGCCUCUGCUACUCCUGGUCCCAACUCACCUUAUGGUAAUUUGUGCGGAACUUCCUGGCAACCUCAGGCAAGCGCACAAGCCGCGUAUAAGCAAUGGACUGCUGCUAAGUUCCCAGGCAACAAACUCAUCCUUGGAUGUGCGCUUUAUGGAUACGUUUCGAAGAGUACCAAGACUGUCUUGACAGGCAGCUCAGUGCCUACCCCUGAGAUGUUGCUCCUUCAGAAGACAGAGACUAAAGGUUCUGAUGGCAAGGUCGAGGUAACAGAAUUUUUGAAUGGCGCACACCCAAAUACGACUCUCCAAGUUACCAAUCCCGAGGCCGACGCGCCCACAAUCAACGCUGCUGCCAAUCUGACCGGAUAUUGGGGCAAACAAAUCGCGUUCAAAGAUAUCGUCGGGGCCGGCGCUCUUGUCAAGAGGUCUGAUGGAAAUUAUGGACAAGCGGGUGGAUUUACAAUGGGUUGGGAUAAUUGCAGCAACACGCCUUACCUUUUCAACAAGGACCAAAGCACGGUUGUUACUUACGACGAUACCUGGUCUCUUACCGACAAAGCCAAGCUCGUUGUUUCGAGCAACAUGGCUGGAUGUGCAACUUGGUCCCUUGAUCAGGAUGACGGAAUUACCUUGCACAACGCCAUUCGCAAAGGUCUCGGAAAGUAA